AUGGAAGCUUCUUCAGUGAGUUAUUCAGGGAGCAUGGAUGAUGAGUAUGAGAAAUUAAUAAGGAGAAUGCACCCUCCAAGGGUGGUUAUUGAUAAUGAUUCUUGCAAAAAUGCAACUGUCAUUCAGGUGGACAGUGCCAACAAACAAGGCAUUCUACUUGAAGUUGUUCAAGUCCUUACAGAUCUCAAUCUUGUGGUCACCAAAGCCUACAUCUGCUCCGAUGGAGGAUGGUUCAUGGAUGUUUUCAAUGUCACCGACCAAGACGGAAACAAAAUUACCGACGAGGGCAUUCUCGAUUACAUCCAAAAGUCGCUUGGUCCCGACUCGUGCUUUGCAUCCUCGAGGCGGAGGUCGGUUGGGCUGACCCCCGGUGGGGACCACACGUCGAUCGAGCUCAUCGGAGCCGACCGGCCGGGACUACUCUCGGAGGUGAGCGCCGUGCUGACUCACCUCAAGUGUAAUGUGGUGAGUGCCGAGGUGUGGACCCACAACACUCGGGCUGCCUCGGUUAUGCGGGUCACGGACGAGGUAUCCGGGGGCCCGAUCCACGAUCCUGACAGGCUGGCGACUAUUCGCCGCCUUCUGUGUAAUGUGCUUAAAGGGAGCAAUAAGUCGAGGGAUGCUAAGACAGCUGUCUCGUGCGGGGCCACACACGCCGAGAGGCGGCUCCACCAGAUGAUGUUUGAUGACCGGGAUUACGAUAGGACAGAUGAUGAUGUUGAUGAUGGGGAAGGAAGGGAGAUUACUAGGCCUAUGGUGAAUGUUGUUAAUUGGCAGGAUAAGGAUUACUCGGUGGUCACUGUUAGGUGCAAGGAUCGGCCGAAGCUUUUAUUCGAUAUCGUUUGCACGUUGACUGAUAUGCAGUACGUAGUGUUCCAUGGGAAUGUGGAUACCGAGGGCCUGCAGGCUUAUCAGGAAUACUGCAUAAGGCAUAUUGAUGGGUCUCCGGUGAAAUCCGAUGCAGAGAGGCAAAGGGUAAUCCAGUGUCUUGAAGCUGCCAUACAAAGACGAGUGUCUGAAGGCUUGAAGCUAGAACUAUGCACGACCGAUAGAGUCGGGCUUUUAUCUGACGUGACAAGAAUUUUCCGGGAAAGCAGCCUGACCGUAACUCGUGCUGAGGUGUCAACAAGAGCCGGCAAAGCUGUCAACACAUUCUACGUGCGCGACGCCUCAGGAUAUCCGGUGGACCCCAAAAUCAUCGACUCCAUUCGCAAAACCAUCGGUCAAACAAUACUCCGGGUCAAAGGGGCACCCGAGGAGUCAAAUCAAGAAUCGUCACCCACCCGGUUUCUGUUCGGUGGCCUUUUCAAGUCGAGGUCUUUCUGCAAUUUCGGUUCGGUUAAGUCGUAUUCAUGA